AUGAGGCUCAGACUAAUGCUGUAUAUCAUACAAGUAGGACACGUCAUACCAAGAAGUGUUGAGAAAGUGUUUUACAGUUUUUUAACAUCAGCAUUGGCCAUUUUCCCAAUAUUAUUCAAUACCAUAUGCAAUGCAAUGUUUUAUAAUUUCUUUUUUGCAAUGAAUAUAAAUAAUAAGAAAACAAACGUGAAGAAAAAAACUGAUAAAAAUCUAACUGGGAACAAAAAAAUCAAACUACAAGAAUGGGAAGAAGAGUUUUUAAAAAUAUUGAAUUAUAAAAAAAAUCCAGUUUUUCUUAAAAUUCCUGGUGCAUGUUCUAUUGGAACAGAGAAUGGUAAAGAAAAUACUUCACAAAUUUCUACGGAAAUUAAUAUGGAUACACAGUUAUUGCCUUCACUCACAAGCAUUGUACAAAAGCGGCGACAGAAAAGAAUCAAACAAGAAACUGAGGAAACAAAAAACUUGUCAACGCAAGAAUUGCAACGCCUUGUUCUACUUGAGCAAUUAAAUCUCGCUAGAUUGCAAGCCAAAAGGGAACAACUCAUGAUAGGCUGA